AUGGAUCAAGUUCAAGCUCAAGCUCACACCUGCGUGUUAGAUAUAUUGAAAAGGGUGGAUUCCAUCCCAUGGAUUCAAUACCAUGUUCCAUCUGUUGACCACCCAUUUGGUCUUGAGUUGUGGCCCAUUUUCAGCAAGGCCUUUGAAUAUUUUGCCGGAUACCCUGCGGAAGAUUUUGAGUUUGUUCACUCAAAGACUUUCUUAGCCGACGGUUACCAGGCCAUGGGUGUGAUCGCUGUUUACUAUAUUGUUAUUUUCGGCGGUCAAGCGAUUUUACGCGCGGUUAACGCGUCACCAAUGAAAUUGGGAUUUCUGUUCCAAUUGCACAACUUGAUCUUGACAACCGUGUCUCUAGUUUUGUUGUUGCUCUUGGUAGAACAAUUGAUUCCCAUGAUUGUGACCCACGGCUUGUUCUGGUCUAUUUGCAACAAAGAGGCCUUUGCUCCUAAAUUGGUGACCUUGUACUACUUCAACUACUUGACCAAGUACAUGGAAUUGCUAGACACCGUGUUUUUGAUUUUGAAAAGAAAGAAGCUUUUGUUCCUACACACUUACCACCACGGAGCCACGGCCUUGUUAUGUUACACUCAAUUGACCGGUAGAACCUCUGUCGAAUGGGUGCCAAUUUCUCUAAACUUGGGUGUUCACGUCGUGAUGUACUGGUACUACUUCUUGAGCGCUCGUGGUAUUCGUGUGUGGUGGAAGGAAUGGGUCACCAGAUUCCAAAUCAUCCAAUUUUUGAUCGACCUGGUGUUUGUGUACUUUGCCACUUACACUUUCUACGCUCACAAAUACGCCGAUGGAAUUCUGCCAAACAAGGGUACCUGUUACGGUACUCAAGACGCUGCUUUCUACGGUUACAUGAUCUUGACAUCUUAUUUGUUUUUGUUCAUUUCUUUCUAUAUCCAAAGCUACAGAAAGGUUGCUUCCAAGAAGAGAGAGGACAAGGCUGCUGUCGAAGCUGCCUCCGCGAAAGCCACCGGUAAGAGCGCUCACUCCACCAAGGCAACCUCCAGAAAGGCUUGA